CACUACUCGGCCCUCACCUCGCUGGCCCGCGCCUGCCCCGAGAGCGCCCUGCACCGCGUGGGCAGCAUGUUCCGCUCCAAGCGGCGGAAAUUUCGCGUCACCAGCGAAGACCCCACGUAUACUGUGCUCUACCUGGGCAACGCCACCACCAUCCAGUCCAAAGGUGAGGGCUGCACCGACCUAGCCGUCUGCAAGAUUUGGAGCAAGAGCGAGGCGGGCCGGCAGGGCACCAAGAUGAAGCUGACCAUCAGCGCGCAGGGCAUCCGCAUGGCCCACGCCGAGGACAAGGGGCUGCGCCGGCCCGGCCAUCUCUACCUGCUGCACCGGGUCACCUACUGCGUGGCCGACCCGCGCCUGCCCCGUGUCUUCGCCUGGAUCUACCGCCACGAGCUGAAGCACAAGGCGGUGAUGCUGCGCUGCCACGCCGUGCUGGUCUCCAAGCCCGAGAAGGCGAAGGCCAUGGCCCUGCUGCUCUACCAGACUUCGGCCACGGCACUGGCCGAGUUCCGCCGGCUGAAGAAGCGGGACGACGCGCGGCACCAGCAGCAGCAGCUGGUGGGCGAGCAGAGCAUCCCGCUGGUGCCGCUGCGCAAGCUGCUCAACGGGCAGUGCUGCUACAAGCCGCCGGUAGAGCGGAGCCGCAGCGCGCCCAAGCUGGGCUCCAUCACGGAGGACCUACUGGGCGAGGAGCAGGAAGAGCGGGCCAUGCACUGCGACUGCGAAGACAUCCUGGAAGCGCUGGGCGAGCCCGAGGGCGAGCUGCUGCGCCCCAGCACCGGCCGCGGCGAGAGCCCAGAGCUGGGCCAGCUCCUCCGCGACCUGGGCGAACUCAGCCUGGGCAACGACUUGCGCUCGCUGCGCGCCGACCUGCGCGUCCGCCGCCUGCUUUCCGGGGAAAGCACGGGCAGCGAGUCCUCCCUGGAGAGCGGCGGCACGGACGGGGCCGCCCCGCCCGGCAGCGACGCCGAGCAGCCGCCCCCCGGCGACCCCGAGACCGGCUGAGCACUCGAGCCCGUACGGGCUUGCGCGGUGCCGCCGGGGCGC